CCGCGCACCGCCCUUGCGCAGGCGCGGGGCGGCCAUGUCGGCCGCCGUGGAGCGGCGCCUGGCGCAGUUCCGCGCCGCCCGCGGAAGCGUAGCUCCGUCGCCGCGUCCCGCGGAGCCGCCGGGAAAGGCUGCGGUUGCAGAGGCCACCGAGGGACAGCGGGCCGCCGCGGGAGGCGGCGCUGAGGCCCGUCCCGGCGGGGCGGCUCCGGCGGCUCCGGUGUGGGCGCAUCCGCUGCUGCUGAAGGUGCUGCUGUGGGCGGUACUGCUGGCGCUGUUCGCGGAGCUGGAGCUGGGGCUGCCCUACUUCGUCCUCUCCCUGCUCUACUGGAUGUACGCCGGCACCCGCGGCCCCGCCGAGCGGCGGCGAGGCGAGCUGAGCGCCUACUCCGUCUUCAACCCCGGCUGCACCGCUAUCGCCGGGACGCUGACGGCCGAGCAGCUGGAGAGGGAGCUACAUUACCGGCCCGCCGCCGGGAGGUAGCGACCGGCCCGGCGGCGGGGACAGCGCCUGGGCUGGCGAAGACAGACCCCGCUACCUUUGCCCCAAGGACCCGAGGAAGGGCUGGGGGAGGAGGAAAAGGGAGUUAUCUUUAUGCAAAACGCCGCUUGCGCCUUACCCCUGGCCCGGUUUCCCCAGGCGCGGUCCGGUCCCGAAUAAAGCCGUAGCAAAGCGA